UCCAGUGGUCAGUUGCCCCAGGAUGGGGACCACAGCCAGAGCAGCCUUGGUCUUGACCUAUUUGGCUGUUGCUUCUGCUGCCUCUGAGGGAGAUCACCUACAAGUGACCCUUCCCUGUGCCUGUCCCAGUCCCCCAGGCCCUAAAUUGAGACCUAAACUAAGGAGGAGCUGAGACUGGCUGAAGGGGAAGCACUCAACCUCCAGGAAGCCUCCUUAACCAAAGGCCUAAAGAUGUUUCAAGGGCCUGGAGUAGGAAGGCUUCAAGGCUACAGGGCAGAGGCAGCUGAGGCCAGAGCACUUUCAAGAAGUUGGCUACGCAGCUCCCCCCUCCCCACCCCUAUCCCAAAGCCUGCCCAUGGAUCACCCUGAAACCUCUCAGCAUGGCCCUCCCUUUGAGGGACAGAGUCAAGUACAGCCCCCUCCCUCUCAGGAGGCCACCCCUCUCCAACAAGAAGAGCUGCUACCUGCCCAACUCCCUGCUGAAAAGGAAGUGGGUCCCCCUCUCCCUCAGGAAGCUGUCCCCCUCCAAAAAGAGCUGCCCUCUCUCCAGCACCCCAAUGAACAGAAGGAAGCAGACCCACCUCUUCCAUAUCAGGAGGAGAUAAUCGUCCAAUCCAUGCCGAGAGAGGGAAUGCCAGCUCCAUUUGGGGACCAGAGCCAUCCAGAACCUGAGUCCUGGAAUGCAGCCCAGCAUUGCCAACAGGGCCAGUCCCAAGGGGGCUGGGGCCACCGGCUGGAUGGCUUCCCCCCUGGGCGGCCUUCUCCAGACAAUCUGAACCAAAUUUGCCUUCCUAACCGCCAGCAUGUGGUAUAUGGUCCCUGGAACCUACCACAGUCCAGCUACUCCCACCUCACUCGCCAGGGUGAGACCCUCAAUUUCCUGGAGAUUGGAUAUUCCCGCUGCUGCCACUGCCGCAGCCACACAAACCGCCUAGAGUGUGCCAAACUUGUGUGGGAGGAAGCAAUGAGCCGAUUCUGUGAGGCCGAGUUCUCGGUCAAGACCCGACCCCACUGGUGCUGCACGCGGCAGGGGGAGGCUCGGUUCUCCUGCUUCCAGGAGGAAGCUCCCCAGCCACACUACCAGCUCCGGGCCUGCCCCAGCCAUCAGCCUGAUAUUUCCUCGGGUCUUGAGCUGCCUUUCCCUCCUGGGGCGCCCACAUUGGACAAUAUCAAGAACAUCUGCCACCUGAGGCGCUUCCGCUCUGUGCCACGCAACCUGCCAGCUACUGACCCCCUGCAAAGGGAGCUGCUGGCACUGAUCCAGCUGGAGAGGGACUUCCAGCGCUGCUGCCGCCAGGGGAACAAUCACACCUGUACAUGGAAGGCCUGGGAGGAUACCCUUGACAAAUACUGUGACCGGGAGUAUGCCGUGAAGACCCAUCACCACUCGUGUUGCCGCCACCCUCCCAGCCCUACUCGGGAUGAGUGCUUUGCCCGUCGAGCUCCUUACCCCAACUAUGACCGGGACAUCUUGACCAUCGACAUCAGUCGAGUCACCCCCAACCUCAUGGGCCACCUGUGUGGAAACCAAAGAGUUCUCACCAAGCAUAAACAUAUUCCUGGGCUGAUCCACAACAUGACUGCCCGCUGCUGUGACCUCCCAUUUCCAGAACAGGCCUGCUGUGCAGAGGAGGAGAAAUUAACCUUCAUCAAUGAUCUGUGUGGUCCCCGACGUAACUUCUGGCGAGACCCUGCCCUCUGCUGUUACCUGAGUCCUGGGGAUGAACAGGUCAACUGCUUCAACAUCAAUUAUCUGAGGAAUGUGGCUCUAGUGGCUGGAGACACUGAGAACGUCAAGGGCCAGGGGGAGCAGGGCUCAACUGGAGGAACAAAUAUCAGCUCCACCUCUGAGCCCAAGGAAGAAUGAGUCACCCCAGAGCCCUAGAGGGUCAGAUGGGGGGAACCCCACCCUACCCCACCCCUUUGAACACUCAUUAAACACCUCUUGGAUUUGA